CAGAAAGAAAGAAGGAGAAGAAGAGAGGAAGGAGAAGAAGAGAGGAAGGAGGAGGGAUGGCAUCACGGCAAGACGGAGGGAAAUACCUGUUACCAAAAUCUUGAUGGGUCUUGUUUGAUAUACUAAAACAGGGCAAGAUGGCAUGCCGUAAGAAAGAAAUGGGAAUAUCAAACUUGGUGGUCCAGUGUGGCAGCCUGGCUUCGAUCCUGGAGAAUUCUCUGGGAGUGCAUGGGAAAGCUGUGCUAAUGGAAAAGAGCGGUAAUGUUAUCAUAACUCAAGAUGGAACAGAACUGCUUAAUUCAUUGGCUAUAAAUGAUCCUGUUUUGAACAUUGUCACUCGGGGCAUAGUUGACCAGGUAAGAGUAUUUGGGGAUGGAUGCAAGACGAGUUUCUUGCUUUUACGACGACUUCUGGAUUCUCUCGAUGGCCAUGUUGCCUUAAGCCCUGGCGUUCCUCUUUCUAUGAGGAGGCAAAAAAUGAUACAAAAGAUAAUACAUGUACGUAAAAAUAUUCUACCUUAUAUCGAAGAUGAUGUGAUCAAGUACGGUGCUCAUGUUCUUCCUCUCCGCAGUUUUGAAGCACUCGGAGAAAUUUUGCUAAAUACUUCUCAGUCCUUCUUCUCAACGAAAUUUUCAAAACUUAUAUCUAAGACUCUUGCUCAGUUAUUGUUAACAUAUAUACUGAGUCAGUGCAGUAGUAGUGGGGAACUUAUAAAGCUACUUGAUGACUUAGCUAAUAAUGCUCAUAUUGCAGUAGUGGAAGUAUAUAAAUUACCAUUGCUGAAGUCACAAGUUGUGCCUGGAUUUUUUAUCACAAGAGAUUUUAAAUACCUAGAAAAAAACAUGCAAUUAGAAAAUGUGCCAUUUGUAUUGUGGUCAAUAGCCUUGGAAGAAAAGAAGGAUGAAGGUCAGUCCAAAGCAAUAAUUGAAACUUCUAAUGAUCAUGUACUGAUGAGAAGUAUUUUUAUACAGAAUCGACUGGUUGACUCAUGGCUUGCAUCUCUUCAUGGAUUAGGUGUGAAAAUGAUAUUUUCAUCAGUUUAUUUCCCUGACUGGGCUGUGUCUGUCUGUAGGAAAUACAGACUUUCUCUCAUAGAUAUGAUUGAUGAAAAAGAAUGGAAUUUUGUGAUGAUAAAGACAGGAGUUACACCCAUUGUAAUUCAAAAUGAUAUCAAUUCAGGAUCCAUUAGAAUAUUUGAAAAAGUAGAGCCAGUGGCUCAUGGUUUAUCUAGAUUUGUAAAGCUUCAUGGCCUGAAUAUGCACCAGAUAGUCCUCUGUGGUCCAACAGUUACUCAGUGCCACCAGUUUUCUACAGCUUUUCUCAAUCUUUUCAAGUACUUGCAUUGCUGGAUGUCUGACUGCUUGAAACAACUGAGUCCCUAUAUAGAAUCAAAGCAAGAUAAUUAUCACUUUAAAUAUGAUUUCCUUUGUAAUAGAGAUUUGGGUUAUCUCACUGAAUCAGUCCCACAGGUUACAGCAAUGAGUUCAAGCUCCCAUGCGAUGCCUUUACACCAGUGUGAGACUCUAUUCCAAGUACACAGAGGAGAGAGCAUUCAAAGGAAUCUCUCAGUGGAACUAGAUCUAGUCAUCCGUCCUCAGGGUGUGAUCCCUGUCUUAUAUUCAGUGCCACACGGCAGCUACAUGCACCUAUUGGCCAGAUAUUUAGUUGAAAAUGACGUCUCAGUAAAGAUAGAGGAUAAAAUUGUUAAGGCUAUGUUGAUGGAGGUCUUAGAUGAAAUUCCAUGGUUGUUACAUAGAAAAGCAAGGCUGACUAGAGAGAGGUAUAUUCAGUUUCAGAUGAGAUUUAAUUACAAUUUGAAAAAUGUGAUAGAGAAGGGUCAGGUCCCUGCUAUGUCAUACAUGAUGGAUGAAUUUACAUUUACGGGACACCAAAAUCCAUUUAUGUUUUUUAAAAUAUUAGACUCUGUUUUGCAUUUUGCUGAAUACAUAUUAAGAAUAGAGUGCAUUGUCCCAGCUCAUGGCAGAAUUUCCAAUCAAGAAGGAAAUUGUGAAAUUUAG